AUUUUGUCGAGUAGAAGGUUGUAUUCUGCCAUUCUUCGUUGUACUGAUAGUUAAUAAGCGCACUCAUUCCACAGUGAACAUUUAAGGAUAACCUGGCGCUUCUGUUUUUUGGCAUGGUUGUCUGUUUCUUGCACGCAAGUAAUAAAACUACCUGAUCGGUGACGCUUUAUUUUGCAAAGGAAAAAGCAAGACCUUCAGUUAUAUGUCCAUCGUUACGUAGCCAAAGAUAACGAUAAGGGCGUCGAGUACUGGGAGGUUAUAUCCUUAAAUUUCGUAGAGUUUCCUGUUGUUUUAUUUGUACUGAUAAAAACAUACGGUGUAGUGUACCCAUCGAAUGUGCAGUGUCCGGAUUUGCAACCGCAGUAAUAGAUUUACAGUUCUUUCUGUAUCUGAAGAACAACAUCACAACUCGUAUCACAUCGCAUACGGUCGCUAUCCUUCCUGAAAAUUUUGUUUUUAUUCGAAAGGACUCUCUACCUUAAUAAAAUGCAAUCGUGUAUCAGUUCUGCUAAUAUGCGUGCCAAUUCAGGGCCAAUUUUACUGGAACAAGAUUGCAACGGGGAUAAUGGAGCCGUUCUUAAGCAGUUACUGCUCACAGGUAAGGGAGAUGUACGGAUAGAUUACUCGAAAAGAAAAGGCUUCUACCCGAUUUCACUGGCUAACAAACCAUCUUCUUCAAUCCAAUCAUCAGCCAAUCAGUUGUGCAUCCCUUUGAUGAAGUCUAAACAAUCACGAGAAUUUAGUCUGCAACGAGAAUCGGGUGUUCAUGCUGCACAUCCAAGUCAUCAUAUCUGGAUGAGAGAGGCAGAGCGCUGGAGCCCUCCUGUCCUUACUGCUCCAUUAGACGGAAGCGCAUAUUCACCCCCGUCAACUCCUGUCGCGCACAUUGAGCCCUACGUUGAGCCUCAAGUGAUGUACAAUCCUUAUUUCUUAUGGCAGCUAUAUUCUUAUAAACAAUCUUGCAAUAACAACUACUAUUCUUUAUCUCAGUAUCAGCAAAUUUGUUAACUCAGGCAACUGAUGUCUUAACUAUUAAAGUUUAUUAAAAAAACAUGUAUUGAUAAUAUUCCAAAUCAAAUUACAUGUAAGUAUGUUGCUUUGAUAACAUCCAUUAGGAAUUACACUUGUAAUCUUUCUACUAU